UGAUUUCCCAGGCGCCACCUUGAUUCGCAAGAAAAUCCCCUCUCAUAUUCAAACACCGUUCACAACUCAUUGCUUCCCUCUCACGAAUACGGUUAGUUUGUUCAUUGAUCAGUAUUCCAAUAUCGGAAACCUAUCUGGCGAUGGCGGUAGGCGCUGCCGCCGCUCCUCUGGGUUCGUCGGUGAUCUCGCUGGUGAACCGGCUCCAGGACAUCUUCAGCCGCGUAGGGAGCCACUCCUCCAUCGACCUCCCUCAGGUGGCCGUUGUCGGCAGCCAAAGCAGCGGCAAGUCCAGUGUCCUCGAAGCCCUCGUCGGCCGCGACUUCCUCCCACGCGGCAAUGACAUCUGCACGCGCCGCCCCCUCGUUCUCCAACUCGUCCAAAUCAAACCCUCUCAGGAUGAGUUUGGCGAGUUCCUCCACUUGCCUGGCCGCAAGUUCCACAAUUUCUCCCAAAUUCGCUCCGAAAUUCAGGUUGAAACUGAUAGGGAAGCUGGAGGGAACAAAGGUGUCUCUGAUAAACAAAUUCGUUUGAAGAUUUUUUCGCCGAAUGUUCUAGACAUCACGCUCGUGGAUCUCCCUGGCCUCACUAAGGUUCCCGUCGGUGACCAGCCUUCGGAUAUUGAGGCUCGAAUUAGAACCAUGAUCAUGUCUUAUAUAAAAACUCCAACCUGUCUUAUUCUCGCGGUUACGCCGGCGAAUUCCGAUUUGGCUAAUUCAGAUGCUCUUCAGAUGGCGGCGAUUGCCGAUCCUGAUGGGAACAGGACAAUUGGUGUCAUCACGAAGUUGGAUAUCAUGGACAGAGGUACUGAUGCGCGAAAUCUGUUGCUAGGAAAAGUUAUUCCCCUCCGACUUGGUUAUGUAGGUGUUGUGAAUCGAUGUCAAGAGGACAUUUUAAUGAACCGAAGUAUAAAGGAUGCUCUUGUUGCUGAAGAAAAGUUUUUCCGCAGUCGUCCUAUAUACAGUGGAUUGACAGAUAGUUGUGGUGUCCCUCAAUUGGCAAAGAAAUUGAACAAGAUUCUUGCGCAACAUAUCAAGGCAUUAUUACCAGGGCUGAGAGCACGUAUGAGCGCUUCCCUAGUCACUCUUGUGAAGGAACAUGCAAGCUAUGGAGAAAUCACAGAGUCGAAGGCUGGACAGGGUGCUCUUCUCCUUAAUAUUCUUGCAAAAUACUGUGAUGCAUUCUCCUCCAUGGUAGAGGGAAAGAACGAGAAGAUGUCUACAUCUGAGCUCUUUGGUGGUGCACGAAUUCAUUACAUUUUUCAAUCUAUCUUUGUGAGAAGCUUAGAGGAGGUGGAUCCAUGUGAAGGUUUGACUGAUGAAGAUAUUCGCACAGCCAUACAGAAUGCAACUGGACCUAAAUCUGCAUUGUUUGUUCCAGAGGUCCCAUUUGAAGUCCUUGUGAGAAGGCAGAUAUCUCGUCUAUUGGAUCCAAGUCUUCAGUGUGCUAGGUUCAUAUAUGACGAGUUAGUGAAGAUCAGCCAUCGCUGCUUGGCAACUGAAUUACAGCGGUUCCCUUUCUUGAGAAAGGGCAUGGAUGAAGUUAUUGGGAGCUUUUUACGAGAAGGCCUAGAACCUUCUGAGACUAUGAUAACACACGUCAUAGAAAUGGAGAUGGACUACAUAAAUACUUCCCACCCAAGUUUUAUUGGUGGAAGCAAGGCUAUCGAAGCUGCAGUGCAACAGACCAGGUCUUCUAGAGUUGCUUUACCAGUUUCUAGCGCGAAGGAUGGGCUGGAAUCCGAGAAGGGACCAGCCUCUGAUAAAAGUGGGAAGACUCUAUCUAUUUUUGCAAGACAUGCAAAUGGAGUAGCGGCUGAUAAGGGUGUUCGUGUUGCAUCGGAUGUUGAGAAAGUUGUGACAUCUGGAAGUAUUAGUGGAUCUAGCUGGGGGAUUUCAUCCAUUUUUAGUGGAGGUGAUAAUCGUGUGUCCAUGAAGGAAAAUACUGCUAGUAAACCACACACUGAACCAGUCCAUAAUGAACAGUCAUUUUCUAUGAUUCAUUUGAGAGAGCCCCCUCACGUCUUAAGGCCAUUGGAGAGCAAUUCAGAUACAGAAACCGUUGAAAUCACAGUAACAAAGUUGCUAUUGAAAUCAUACUAUGAGAUUGUCAGAAAGAAUGUUGAAGAUCUUGUCCCCAAAGCAAUUAUGCACUUCCUGGUCACAGGUUUUUCUUUUGCAUGUUUAGAAGUGAUAUCAAAAUGAAUGGAAAUUGAAGUGAUUGAUGAAGUUUCAGAUUAGUUAGGACCACAUAAGCAGAAAAUGUCAUGUUGUCUCCGCUACUUCAAGUUUUUGGGUAUAGAUGAGUGUCAAGCCUCCAUCGUGGUUUGUUUCACAAAAGCUCCUUGUUUUUGGAUGUUCUCUCACUACCUAAUGAUAAUGAUAUUACGAGAUAUUUUCUAGAUUUUUUGUAAUCCCCCUCAAUUUAGAGCUUACUAAGCCUCUAAGCUCACUACAAUUAAUCACACCAAAAAGAUAGCGAACUAAAAAUGUAACACAUGACAAUGUCUGAGAGUUUAGAUGGUUCUAUAUGAUAAUUGUUAUAAACAAUUUUAAUUAAGUUUGAGAUCUAACUUGAUAAUUAAUGGAAAUCAUUACGAAAAAGGUUUUUUAUUAUUAAGUCCGAAACUAUGAUAACUAGUAUAAAUUAUUACUAUAUUUUUUUAUUAUCAAACAAGUAUGAAACUCAACAUAAUAAUAAAAUGAAAAUAUGAAGAAAGACAGAUAAUAAAUGAAUGAUUACUAUAAAAAGUCCAUCAAUUGAUCACACAUUCUAGAACCUGAGUAGUGCCUAUUACUCUCCAUGCUUAAGGAGAUAAGAAGAAAGGGAAUAGAACCCCGCCAAUGGCCAUUGCGUGCACCCUUGCAAGCUAAACGAAAAGCGUGAGGCCGCUGUCAAUGGGAAUGAGACCCAAAAUUUGAUUGAAACGAAAGAUUUGGCCAUGGUACCGGAGCUUCCUGCAUCGAAUAGCGAGGUAUUUUUCUGAUCUGGGGUGCUUUGUGAUGCAUGGGGCGUGAGCUUGACGAUGAGGAACGAAAUCCCGCAGCCCUUGUGGAACGCUCCUCGGCAGUGGUAAUUUGUCUACGAAAGACUGUGGCGGCUGCCGCCCGGAGCCCUUGGUCGCUUCGAGAUCCAUUGCAGUAGUGUUUGCGGAUUGAGAAUGCGCAUGGGUGUGUUUAGAUUAUUUUACGUUAAAACAGAACAACAAUAAAUGUAUAUUAUUGCAGGGUGAAGAUGAACGCGUUUAAUUUGAACCCAUGCAUAAGUACGGAAGCCAUUGAAUUCAUAUAUGAAACCAUAUCUUUUCAUACAAAAACUAGAUAGAACCGGAAUAAGGAAGACAUACCUUCAAGCACCUCUUUUACCGGCAAAUCAGUUCCUACUCACGUUCUCUCCUUCUCUUCUCUUCUUUUUUAGUCUUCUUGUUGCUCCUCUUUUAUGUUUGUUUCUGGUUACCGCAUGGAAAAAAAAAUCUCCUUUUUUUAGAACUAUCUUUUUGAUAACUUUUGCUCUCCAAAAAGCGUUUUCCAGGUGCCUUUGUUUUGUGUUUGGUACAGUAGUGCGUGAUUGUUCUCUUUUUCUUCAGCCCCCCCUUUGGGCAUGUCUCCCUCUUUUAAUAAGUUCACGAGAUAGAAAACAGAAAGAUUAAGUGGCUGCAUGAUGUUUAGAGAAAUGUGGAGAGAGUGUCGAUUGUGGGAGUGAGGGUAGGGUGUAGUUGGGUAACGGUAACAUAUAAUAAAUUAUUUUUAUUGUUAAAACAAAAAA